GGUGCUGCGUCCUCGCUGGCAAAGGGCGGAGGGGUUUCUUUCUGCAGGGGCUGCCCAACUUCCGUGGGACGGGGUGGGGGUCCAGCCUGCACCCCUGGCACCGGGCUUGGAGAGGCAUCUGGAGGCGCAGCUUGGGGGAAUGGCAGGGGGAACCCCACCGGGCCCCAUUUCCGGCAGAGCCGGAGGACCGAGUCCAGAUCAGCGGGCAGCAGCACCUGCACCGAAGUUAACGGGGGGGGGAGGCGAACGUCCCCAUCUGCCCUUUAGGGAUGGAGCUGUGAGACCUUCUGGGUGGGCAAUCCGGAGCGUAGAGCCGGAGGAGAGACCCCCCUUGAUGCCUUAGGGAGAGGCGCUGCAUCAGGGAAGCUGGAGGGAGGCAGAGGGUGGCAUUGCCAGGGGUCGCGCGGAGAAGCACCCAGUUGGUCCUGGUUAUCCAGUGACCUGCAGGCAGUUAGGCAGCCGGGGCUAGGAAAACAGGGGCACUCAAGGAACAGGGUGGGGGGCACGGCGUGCCGUGGUGGUGGCCUGGACUUCUCACCCUUUCACUGCCCACAUUCCUUUGCUUGCCAGGUCUCGGUGCCCGGACCUCUCCUGGCCCAAGCAGGAAGGCUGUGUCUCCCCAACCCCCAAAUCCAUUUUGUUUGGCUGCGUAUCCAGCAAGGCAUCCUUCUCUGCCCUCCCUGUCUCUGGAGCCAGAAUAAAGGGCAGAGCUUGGUGGGCACCAAGAAUGCACUGACAACGACCCCUGCCCCCCCAAACCCACAUCACAUGCCCUCCGGUCGUGUCUUCCCUCUCCCCACCCUGUUGUUCCCCUUCUGCUCUCUGCACCGCGCCCCUUGGCACCCCGCAUUGGUCUUGCCCCAGGUGGGUGCAGACGCAUCCGGACAGUUCAGGAGCUGCCGCCUGCCCCACUUCUCUCUUCCCUCUCUCUUUCUCUCUGCCCGCCCCCCACCUCCCCGCUUCCUUCCGUGCUUGCCUGUCUCAAUGCCUGCCCCCAGGGGAGGGCUAGUGGGUGGGCGCUAUUGUUUUUGCCGUCGUUGCUGAGCGGAGAGAGCGAGCGAGCGAGCGAGCGCAUCCAGGGUGGGGAAUCUUUCUCGGGGAGCAGACAGCAGCUCUGCCAUUGCGUGCCAUCCGCUGCCCCCAACCCAGCUUGGGGCAGGGGGCACAGCGCUGGGCAUCCCUCCGAUUGGAAGAGCUGCCCCCUUUCACCCCCCCCCACCUUCACCCUGCUGCUGCCACCACCACCACCUCUGUCUUGGUUCCUGAACGAUUCUUUCAUCCCCCAUGUAUGACGACUCGUGUCUCCAUGGAUUCGAAGACUCCGAGGUGGGCUCCGCUGAUUCGUACACCAGCCGCCCAUCGCUGGACUCCGACGUGUCGCUCGAGGAGGAGCGCGAGGGGGUGAAGCGCGAAGUGGAGAACCAGGCUCAGCAGCAACUCGAGAAAGCCAAGAACAAGCCGGUCGCAUUUGCUGUUCGUACCAAUGUCAGCUACUGUGGGACGCUGGAUGAGGAAUGUCCUGUGCGUGACUCUGCCAUCAACUUUGAAGCCAAAGACUUCUUGCACAUCAAAGAGAAGUACAGCAAUGACUGGUGGAUCGGGCGGCUAGUGAAGGAGGGGGGAGACAUCGCUUUCAUCCCCAGCCCACAGCGGCUGGAGGCCAUUCGGCUGAAGCAGGAGCAGAAAGCCAGGCAAUCUGGUAAUCCCGCCAUCAGCAACAGGCGAUCGCCUCCCCCAUCACUAGCCAAACAGAAGCAAAAGCAGACAGAGCACAUCCCACCUUACGAUGUCGUGCCCUCCAUGAGGCCGGUGGUGCUGGUGGGGCCAUCCCUGAAAGGAUAUGAGGUGACAGACAUGAUGCAGAAAGCUCUCUUUGACUUUCUCAAGCACAGAUUCGAUGGCAGAAUCUCCAUCACACGGGUCACAGCUGACUUGUCACUGGCCAAGCGCUCAGUGCUGAACAACCCAGGCAAGCGGGCCAUCAUUGAGCGAUCCACUACCCGGUCCAGUAUCGCUGAAGUCCAGAGCGAGAUCGAGCGAAUUUUUGAACUGGCCAAGUCGCUGCAGCUGGUUGUGUUGGAUGCGGACACCAUCAACCACCCAGCACAACUGGCCAAAACUUCGCUGGCCCCAAUCAUCGUCUACGUCAAGGUCUCUUCCCCCAAGGUGCUGCAGAGGCUUAUCAAGUCCAGAGGGAAGUCACAAGUGAAGCAUCUCAAUGUGCAGAUGAUGGCAGCUGACAAGCUUGUGCAGUGUCCUCCAGAACUCUUUGAUGUGAUCCUGGACGAGAACCAGCUGGAGGAUGCUUGCGAACACCUGGCAGACUACCUGGAAGUAUACUGGCGGGCAACUCACCACCCUGCGCAUGCUGCCGGCGGCCAAAACCUCACCACACCUUCGACUGCCAUUCCAGGCCUGCAGAACCAGGCCUCGCUGGGCGAGCGCGGCAACGAACGCUCCCCGGUGGAGCACGACAGCCUGAUGCAGUCGGACGAGGCGAGCGAUGCCUCCCGCAAGACUUGGACGGCGGCCUCUCAGCGCAGCUCCCGGCACCUGGAGGAAGAGUACUCGGAUGCCUACACUGACCUGUACCAACCUCACCGCAACCACAACAGCGGCCUCCACAGCACCAACGGCCACGACUCCCAGGACCGCCUCCUGGAGCGCGAGACAGAGCACAACCACAACGAGAGGAACUGGCAGCGCAACCGGCCCUGGGCUAAGGACAGCUACUGAGGCCUCCUGGCCGGGCUCCUCCCGACCCUCCCUCGGCCGGGCAGCCAGGGAAACGGGAUAAGGCCUCCUUCUCCUCCCGAGUCACGACAAUUGCCUGGUAUUAAGCCUUCCUCUCUUCCUCCCCUCCCAGCUCAGCCCCACAGUAUACAGGUCCUGCCCUGGUAUACAGGUGCUAUCCAUGGAACCCCAGACACAGCCACAGCUGCCUGAUUCCUAGACCCAGGACGGGUGGAAUCUCUCGCUCACCUUUGCUUUGGGUUAAUGAGGGCCACAAUAACGUCCUUGCAGGGUAAAUUCCAUUGGUAGCUUCUCAUCCCAGGUCCAUUGUUUUUUGGGGGAGGGAUUUGGGCUUCGGGCAUCUCCAGGAGAGAGGCGAUUGCGUGUGUGUGCACACAAAAGGGGGUGGAGAAAGGGCUGCGGUUCUCUUUUUCUGACUCCAGGUGAGCAGGGCUAGUGUUAGGACAAAGGAGGCUUAGCAGGGAGCAACACCAGGAUCAGUUUUCCUGGUAAGAUGGAGUAGAUGGAUUACAAGCGGAAAGACAAGAUUGUGGGCUUUUGCUGAAAGGACUUGGGGGUCAUUCUCAUGCUUUGCUGUAG